CUUCUCCCACUUCGUGGACGGCAGCAGCUCGAUUCCUUGCACACAAAAAGGAUCGGCUGAACCAAAGGGAAUUCCCUUCGCCUUCCCUUCCUCCCUCCCUCCCUCUACUUAUUUCUCUCCUCUGCUUUCCCGACGGCAUUACUUCCCUCACCUCUCUUCCUUUACAAGAUCAAAAGGUGAAGUUUUGACGAUGGAAUCGCCCGAGGCUGAGAGCGAAAUGGAGCUUCCGAGGCCCUCCUCACCUUGUUGGAAGAAGAGGGUGCCCGAAGCAGGCUUAUUGGCUGACGUGAAGGACCAUCUCGAACAGUUUCUCAACACUUCCAUGGAUCAACACAGGAUCUGCCUCAAGAAGACCAUCCGAGACAUCCGAGAAUAUGCCAAGCUUAGGAAGCAAGGCAAGGUGCUGUCAUCUGCAAGAGCUGUUCCUGAGAGCGAUUCUGCUGUUAAACAAAGUGAAAUCCCUCCUGAAGGGGUGCAAGUGGCUCCAUCAUGACAAUAUUUAAUGAGACUGAUGUGGUCCUAUAUAAUUUUUCUUUAUUUUUAACUUGUUAUUUUUCCUUCUCCCUUGAAUGACAAGUUUAAGGUCUAAAGUUUAUAUAAAGCUUCAACCACAUUUUUUA